GGAGUGAGACACAAAACUUGUCGGGUAACUACAACGCUGAUUUUAGGCUACUAAGACCAGACGCUGGCUAGUGGCUACGGCGGGAGUCGGGCUCUUCCUUGGCGAGGGAAGGCUGCCAGAGAGGCGACUUAGCUGCACCGCGAAGCCACGACUGAGGAGCUAGCUGCUAGUUGUAAAAUUUGCGUUCACGCUGUAGUUAAAACGCGCGCAUGUUAGCUAGUUGAAAUAGCUACUAGCUAUAGCUGACCUUGGCUAGCAUUUCCCAGUUACCCGUUUUACCCUCAAGCUGGCUGGAUGUGGUUCGGUAUUGCGGUCAGGUAUCUGAAGGUGCAGUGCACUUCGGUGGGGACAUAACAGGCGCAUGAUUUAGGGCAGCCACCGCUCGUCGGCAGCACAGCAGCCAGGAACAACAGAGCCUUCAGCAGCCACCUCCGCAGGCAGACCUCAGUGAAUUACUGGGGCUGAAGGACUACAUGGGGGUAAUGUACCUCAUUACUCUGGUUGAAAAGAUAGUGCCUGUGUCUGACGAGCAUGUCAAGGUGACAGAGGAGAAGUUUGAUGGAGUGGAGGUGGUAUUUUACCAGCCAAAGGAGCCGGGCAGUGACACUGAACUCAGGAGAGCUGUCAUAUACCUACACGGUGGAGGAUGGUGUCUGGGGAGUGCCAGAAUGAGUCCAUAUGAUCUCCUGGCCAGAAAAAUUGUCACUGAGCUAAAUGCAGUCGUUCUUUCUGUGGAGUACCGCCUUGCCCCUGCUCACCAAUUCCCUGUCCCAUAUGAGGAUGUAUACCAUGUGGUCAAACAUUUCCUCCAGAAGGGGGUGCUGGCCCAGUACUCUGUAGACCCAGGACGCAUUGCGGUGUCUGGGGAUAGUGCUGGGGGGAACCUGGCUGCUGCAGUUACUCAACAGUUACAAAAAGAGCCUGGACAGAAGAUUCAGUUGAAGGCUCAAGCACUCAUCUACCCAGUGCUGCAGGCUCUGGACCUUUACACUCCUUCAUAUCAGCAGAAUCAGGACAUGCCCAUUCUGCCCCGCACCCUUAUGGUGCGUUUCUGGAGUGAGUACUUCACCAGUGACAAGGCCCUUUUCAGAGCCAUGAUGGCUAACACCCACAACAACCCUGAGUCUUCCAGCUUGCUGAAGUUUGUCAACUGGAGCACAUUUCUGCCAGAAACAUAUCAUAGAGAAUACAACUACAGUGCUCCUGCUGUGGUGCCGGGAGUUGGAGGGGAGGCAUUUGGGAUGGAUGGACCAUCUCAAUCUUUUGCUGACCCGAGGGCAUCACCCCUGCUUGUUCCAGACACAUCCUUACACUCUCUGCCCAAGGCCUACAUUAUUACGUGUGAGUAUGAUGUUCUCCGAGAUGAUGGCAUCAUGUAUGUCACACGGCUCCAAGCCGCUGGUGUUGAGGUGACACAUGAACACUAUGACACGGGAUUUCACGGCGCACUAAUGUUCACCGUGUGGCCAACUGACUUCCUGAUUGCACGUCGCAUGACAGACAACUAUGUCAAAUGGCUCAAGGAAAACUUGUAAAAACUAUUGACUAUCAAUAUUCAUCCCAGUUUUUCCACAUAAUGCACCAAUUUUUGGUUUGGUGCAAAGUUUUCCCAUCUGGUGUUAAACUUUUUGUUGUUUAUUUCUUUCUCUUUGGUCGUGCUAUUUUUCUGUAAAUAUAUUGAGAAAUAUAUUAACUUCAUUUAUUUUCCCACCCAUGCAUUUUACCACAUUAGAUACCAGGACAGAAAACAGGAAUUUGAAAGUUCAAGCAGUUCAGAUUUAAAUGACAUUACUCAUUUACAAUAAUAAUGUUGUGUUUAUUGUCCAACAAACGAUAUACUACCCAGAGAGAUCUGAGGGGGAAUGUCAAACCCUGCAAUGUCACUAAAGUUGUUGCAUUGUGGAUGGCUAAUUUUUUUUUUUUUUUUAUCUGGCUAUCUGGCCCUAUGUGGUGCUACUCAUUCUUGCCACCGCAAACAAGAAUGACCAAAAUUUACUUUUAUCACUGAGUGCAGCUGAUACUGAAACCUGAAUUUAUUUUGAUGUGGUUGUAAAACCAUAACUCACAUGUAAUAAUUACUGACAUUGCAUCAAAGAUUGUCAAAUGAUAUGGCAUGAUGAAAUUUGUAUCAUGGAACAGAGUAUAAACAGGAGAUGAUGGCUUUGCACAAAGACUGUAUGUAUAUCUCUUAUCUGUGUAUGUAUGACUGCAGUUUGUUGUCCUCACUCAACGUUUAGUCCCUGAGGCUCAACAGUCAUAUUAGGUGGCCUGACUUGUCUUCACUUGGCUCCCCUUCUAUCUUUCUGUCUUUGGGUGACAUCACCCUGUGACUUCUCUCCACAUGGGACGGCUAUCUAAAAGAUCUAAAACGGGGGUAAAGGUUACCAAAAAAUAAUCCUUAUAUAUGACUGUCUCCGGUUAGCAAUGUUCUUUAAGCUUUACAGUUGAUAUGAAACAGGUGAAAAUCUCAGCUUUUAGGCAUGUAUUUGUUUGAAUGUCUUUCAGAGGGUCUUUGUUUUGUUUUGUUUUUUUUACCAGUUUCUCGUUUUUACAAAAAAAAUACACUAUCACAUAAAGUAUGUAACUUUUCAAACAAGUGACAGCUUUACAGAGAAACAUGGCUCUUUUGCUUAAGCACUGCUAAAUUCUCAUUUAUAAAUAUGACUGUUUCUACUUUUGUUUCUGGAUUCCCUUUGGAGAGCGUCUCAUUUGCAUCAUUUUUAAUUUUAAUGUUAUCUAAC